AUUCCGAAACUCUCAGUGGUGAAUGAAUUUACCCAAACAUAAAAGAUGAUAGUGUGAACAACGUCACUUCUGGAACCAAAACGACGUGGUUUGACGAAUGGGUUUUACCAAUUUGCUCCAUAGAAAACACCAAAAUUACAUUUGACUACAUUGGGAGUGGGGAAGGGGGCAACGAUGAGAGGGUAGUAACUUGGAAUCAGAGAAAUGGAGGGCGAGAUCGGCGGCGGCGAGGUACCCUGCUCUUCUCUCGCCGUCGAUUCCAUCCUACGCAUCGGAACGGCCGGUGUGAUUUGGGGCCUAUGCAUAGGUCCCUAUGAUGCUCACAAGCUAGGCCUCACCGGCAUCACUCGUGCUUCUUUUGUGGCUAAGUCAGCUGGUAAAUUUGGCUUCCAAUGCGGACUAUUUGCUGGAAUGUUUUCUAUUACUCGUUGUGGGGUUCAGAGAUAUCGGAAGAAGAAUGAUUGGGUGAAUGCUUUGAUAGCGGGUGCUGUAGCGGGAGCUGCUGUCGGUGCUGGGUCCCGAAGCUGGAAACAGGUUGCUGGGAUGGCUGGUCUUAUAUCAGCUGUUUGUGCUGUUGCUGAUAACUCCAGAACGCAUUGAAGUACCUCCUGUAAAAAGUCAUUAAGGUGGAAGAGUAAGUUAGAUCCUCAUAGUCACAUACAUCAAGCGUUUUCUUUUGGUAAGUAAAAUGUUGUGUACACUGUAAUGCCUUUUUGAAUCUUUUUCCUUCCCCUUGGAAUAAUAUCAUAACAGUUCAUUGAAUUUUUAAUUUUUAUUUUUUUGGCUUCAGAAUAGGGUGACUAAGUUUCUUAUAUCUUUGUUUUGACUGAAACUAGGCUUGUAAUGCUACUGGAAAUUAUUUUAUGAUCAGUGAAAGCAAUGAAAAGGGAAUAUAUCUUGAUUUCUAAA